UCAUCAUCCAAUUUUUAAAUCACUACUCCAUGCUGGCUCCCUUCAAAACAUGGGCAGGCUCAGAGAAAUAGUUUAAAAGUAUAUUGAGAAAUUUGAAAAGGUCAAACAGGCUAGAAAGCUUAACACAGUUUAAAGUCAUGUGUCUACACUUUUUGAAAUAAAUGAAUUAUGCUCCAAAGGUUUUAGUUAAAAAGCCAUGACAAUGGGAGUUGAGGUAGAAGAAGGGCCUUUCAUCUGCUUUGGAACCGAGGCAUGAUGGACCUGUGCUAUAAAUCUUUAUAAAGUGGUAAAUCCUAGGAUUCCAUUGGGUGGAGCCAUGGCAAUUAAAGUGGGAUCCACUUGUUAACAAGAGAUCCUUGCUAAUAUGACAGAUAGGUCUCUGAGCAGCCCUUAGUUUGGUGUUGUUUUUCCCUUUCUCUUUGCAGGUGCUGCAAUUAUGUUCUUCACCUUUGGUGUUAUAGCAAUUGCUGCCAUAGUUGCUAUUUAUGUGUUCAGUAAGGAGAACAGAAACAAGAAUGAAUAUGACAAUGAGAGGCCUUCCCUCCAUUCCAACUGCCAUUGCCUUGGAGGGACAGAAGAAGAGGCAGGCACAGCUCCCCCAUGCCUAGACACUAGCACUAGAUGCAAGACUAAAGUGACUGAAGAAAGAGAAGGAUCAACUGAGUUACCUUUCAAAUCAACUGAUAUGUCACAAAAAAUAUUGGAGGAGCUUCAGUCACUAAAAUCACAGAUGUCAAAAAAGGAGGAUGAUACAGAAAGAGACCUGAAGCUGGAAUUUAGAACAGUAAUGAAAGAGAUGAAACAAUCAGUGGCUCAAAUAUCAACAGAACUAAAGCAGAUAAAUGAAAAGGUCCAGACACUGGAGGAAAAGACUGACAAAAUGGAUAGAGCUCGACAACGAGACUUGGUUCCUCUUGCCUUACCAGAGAUGAGAGGAAAUGAGGUAUGUCUGAGGUUUAGAGCAAUUCCAGAGCAGCCUAAUGAGAACAUCAGAGGGAUAAUAAUUGAAAUAUUGACAACCUUCCUACAGAGACAAAUUUCAGAGAUGGAUUCAGAAGUGGGUCAGGUCUACAGAAUGAAUUCAAGCAUCACCACACGGAAAAAUUUGCCAAGGGAUGUGAUUGUUCAUUUUGUGAGAAAGCAGACAAGAGAUCAAGUUCUACAGCAACAUUAUGAAAUCACCCUCAAGAUUGCAGUUAAGGAUAUGGUUGUGCUCAAGGAGAUACCGGAGAGAAUUUUACAUAGCAGAAAAGAAUAUGGCUUUCUGGCAGAUAAGUUGAAGCAGAAGAUUUUAUUCAUAAUGGAAAGAUCAAAAGAAAUGACCUUUACAUUUGAACAGAGCAAAUUCCAAGUGAAUUAUAUACAGAAAGCUGAAGAAUUUUUGCAUAAAUAUAAAAGAGAAUUGGAGGAAACAGGAGAGUUGGGAGAAGAGGAAUCAGAAGCUACUUUGGAGCACAAGACAAAUGAAGAAUGGAAACAAGGGGAGGAUAAAGAUGAUGAGAAAAAGAUAUGUUCGAGUGUUGUAGACUUUACUAAGCUUUUGGCCUGAUAAUUUAUCCGAGGUGCAUCAUAAAGAAUAUUGUAUUAAUGGAGUAGAAAAGAAAAGAAAAACUCCAUUAUUAGAAUGGACUUAAACAAGAUAUAAUUUGCUUAACAGAAUCUCAUAUUAGAAAAAAGGAUAUUAAAUAUUUCAGUUACCCUAAAUUGGGUAAAGAAGCCACACAACAGCACAGCUACAUAGAGAGGUCCACAUUUAUUGGGUCAUCCUGCGGUCCAUUAACCCAAUAUAAAAAGGGAUUUUUAAAAUAAUUUGAUUAAUAUUUAUUGAAAUUCUAAAAUAAACAUCUUGGAAACCUACAAAGCAACAACACAUACAGAAAGAAAAAAGAAAGCAAGGAAGACAUUAAAACAAACUAACAUAUAUAGACCGACAAAUCUAUGUAGACAUACAAAGAAACAUCCUAACAACCCAUUUAUAAACCCUCCCCUGUAAAAUGAAAAAAGACUACAACAGCAACUCUAUAUGGCUCAUGCCCAGGGUAUUGUGUAGACCAGCGGUCGGCAACCUCCGGCCCGCGGGCCUAAAGCGGCCCGCGGACGCGGCGGGACCGGCCCGCGCUCGCUACUGCCGCCGAUUGCGCCGCCGAUUGCUGCUGCUCCGGGCGCCAUUUUGUUCUUUAAAGUGGCGGUGAAGUCUGGCGCGACGGGAAAAGUUGCGCGAGAGUUCGCCGCCAUUUUGAUGAACAAAAUGGCGGCGCCCAUCUAAGAGGCCCGGUGUGCUCUCUGGAGCCUUGUUUGAGGGCUUCAGGGCCGCACCGGGCCUCCAAAUGGGCACCGCCCUCUUCCCUCCUCCUCCUCCGCCCUCUCCCUCCUGAGUCUACCCUCUUCCCUUCGCCCUCCGCCCACCUCCCUCCUUCUCUCUAUGGAAGAACGGAGGAGAAGGAGGAGGAGGCGGCAGAGAGCCAGACGCCAGAGCGAGAGCCAGACCCAUAGCCACGAGAGAGGUUGGUUCAUUGGGGGGAAGGGGGUUAUCGGAAGAGUGUGUGCAUGUAUUUCCUCAUUCUUUUGUGGCUUGCUGGUAGCUUCCCUGAUGCAAAAACAUGUUGUUAUUAUUUAUGUGCCUUGGUAUCUCUUUCCA